AUGGUCAAUUCAUUGCCAAAUAUUCCCGAAUAUUACUGGCAUGGACAGAAAGGUACAAAUAGCUUUGGUGGAGUAGCUAUUCUAAUACAUAACUCGAUAAAAUCUAAAGCAGUAGCUAAAAGAGACAAUUUUCUGGUGGUUGAACUCGAAUUAGGAGCUAACGAGAUACUAUUGGGAGCAGUAUACGUUCCACCCGAUAAUAAAUUACCAUUAGAUUCAUUUGAAAUAUUCAAAGAUAGAAAAUUCUUUUUAUUUGGUGAUUUUAAUGCUAAACAUACCUCCUGGGAUUGUAAAAAAAAUAAUGGUUGCGGAAUAAUAUUAAAAGAAUGGAUAGAGAAAAAUGGAUAUGAUGGUAUCUUUCCAUCCGUACCUACAUCGAAAAGGUCUGAUGCAAUAAUAGAUUUCGGUAUAGGUUACUCAUCAAUAGGAUGGAGUCAUGAACAAGAGAAGUCAACAACAUGCGACGUAAAUAUCGAAGAUCAUUAUGUUUAG